UACCACAGUACUGUGCUAUUACUUCGUAAUUAGUAGGCGGUGAAUUGAUAAGAUUUUAUGUUUACUAAAAUUUUAUAAGAUAUUUCAUCGAGUACUGAAACGAUUUUUAAAAUGAUACGAUUUAUCCUUAUACAAAAUAGGGCUGGUAAGACUAGAUUAGCAAAGUGGUACAUGAAUUUUGACGAUGAUGAAAAGCAAAAGUUGAUAGAGGAAGUUCAUGCUGUGGUCACUGUCAGAGAUGCAAAACAUACAAACUUUGUCGAGUUUCGUAAUUUCAAGAUAGUAUAUAGGCGAUAUGCAGGCUUAUAUUUCUGUAUUUGUGUCGAUGUUAAUGACAACAAUCUCUGUUACUUGGAAGCAAUACAUAAUUUCGUGGAGGUGUUGAAUGAAUACUUCCACAAUGUAUGCGAGUUGGAUUUAGUUUUUAAUUUUUACAAGGUAUACACUGUUGUGGACGAAAUGUUUUUAGCUGGUGAAAUUAGAGAGACAAGCCAAACUAAAGUGCUAAAGCAACUCUUAAUGUUAAAUUCCUUGGAAUAAGUUUUCGCCUUUAUGUAUUAAGAAAUGAUCUGAAUAAGUAUCCAACUGAAUGUACAUCUAUAUUGUCUAGUUUGUUGCAUAAGACACAUAUAAAUACUCUAUGU